AUGGAAUGGUGCUGUGCCCCGGGCCGGCGGGCUGGGCUCACCAUGGUGCCAGGUGCCAUCCUGGCGCGCGGGAGGGACGUGUGCAAGCAGAACGGACUGCUCGUCCUGUCCGUGCUGUCCGUCAUCGUCGGCUGCCUCCUCGGCUUCUUCCUGAGAACUCGGCGCCUCUCCCCUCAGGAGAUUAGUUACUUCCAGUUUCCCGGCGAGCUCUUGAUGAGGAUGCUGAAGAUGCUGAUCCUGCCACUGGUGGUCUCCAGCCUGAUGUCUGGCCUCGCUUCCCUGGAUCCCAAGACCUCCAGCCGCCUGGGCAUCCUCACCGUGGCCUACUACCUGUGGACCACCUUCGUGGCAGUCAUCGUGGGCAUCAUCAUGGUCACCACCAUCCACCCGGGUAGUGCAGCCCAGAAGGAGACAACUGAGCCCAGCGGCAAGGCCAUCAUGAGUUCGGCGGACGCCCUGCUGGACCUCAUCCGGAACAUGUUCCCAGCCAACCUCGUGGAAGCCACAUUCAAGCAGUACCGCACCAAGACCACCCCCGUGGUGAAGUCUCCCAAGGUGGCUGCAGGGGAGGCACCUCCCCGGCGGGUCCUCAUCUAUGAGGUGCAGGAGGAGAACAGCUCCCGCGUGCAGAAUUUCGCCCUGGACCUGACCCCGCCACCCGAGGUCAUUUACAAGUCAGAGCCUGGCACCAGCGAAGGCAUGAACGUGCUGGGCAUCGUCAUCUUCUCUGCCACCAUGGGCAUCAUGCUGGGCCGCAUGGGUGACAGCGGAGCCCCGCUGGUCAGCUUCUGCCAGUGUCUCAACGAGUCCGUCAUGAAGAUGGUGGCGGUGGCCGUGUGGUACUUCCCCUUCGGCAUUGUGUUCCUCAUCGCCGGCAAGAUCGUGGAGAUGGACGACCCCUCGGCCGUGAGGAAGAAGCUGGGCUUCUACGCCAUCACUGUGGUGUCCGGGCUGGUGGUCCACGGGCUCCUCAUCCUGCCCCUGCUCUACUUUUCCAUCACCAAGAAGAACCCCAUCGUCUUCAUCCGGGGCAUCCUCCAGGCCCUGCUCAUCGCGCUGGCCACCUCCUCCAGCUCGGCCACGCUGCCCAUCACCUUCAAGUGCCUGCUGGAGAACAACCACAUCGACCGGCGCAUCGCCCGCUUCGUGCUGCCCGUGGGGGCCACCAUCAACAUGGAUGGCACCGCGCUCUACGAAGCCGUGGCCGCCAUCUUCAUUGCCCAGGUCAACAACCAUGAGCUGGACUUCGGCCAGAUCAUCACCAUCAGCAUCACCGCGACCGCAGCCAGCAUCGGGGCGGCCGGCAUCCCCCAGGCUGGGCUGGUCACCAUGGUCAUCGUGCUCACCUCCGUGGGGCUGCCCACCGAUGAUAUCACCCUCAUCAUCGCCAUCGACUGGGCUCUGGACCGUUUCCGCACCAUGAUCAACGUGCUAGGUGACGCUCUGGCCGCAGGGAUCAUGGCCCACAUCUGCAGGAAGGAUUUUGUCCGGAACUCGGGCAUUGAGAAACCACUGACCUUGGAGACCAAGCCGGUGAGCCUCCAGGAGAUCCUGGCAGCCCAGCCGAACGGCUGUGUGAAGAGCGUGGCCCAGGCCUCGCAGCUGACGUUGGGGCCCGCCUGCCCCCACCACACUCCUGUACAGGUGGAGCAGGACAAGGAGCCGGCCCCCACCUGUCUGGACCACUGCACCAUUGAGAUCAACGAGCUGGAGACCAAUGUCUGA